AUGCGAAUCUAUGCGUACAAGGACGAUGUUAAGGCUUACAAUCAUCGUCGUCUUCGAGAGCUAGGUCGCCCAGUAUUGCUCGUCAACACAUCCCACUCUGGUGGUGUACCAGCGGAGAGAGCUAAUACCGAGGAGGCCGGCAAUCUGCACAAAGAGAUCCCAAUCUCCAUCAACGCGCGGGUGAUGUUGCGAGAGAAUCUUUGGAUAGAACGUCGUCUCUUCAAUGGGGCCGAAGAGGGUGCUAAUCCUAACACAGACCCACCCCUUGCUAUCUUCAUUAACUUCGACGACUAUGAGAGUCACCGAUCUCACCUUCUUCGGGACCCGGAUACAGACCGUCCCUUGGUUCCCAUAUUCCGUGUAAAGCGUGAAUGGGUCCGUGGCAUUAUUCGGUGUACACGUACCCAAUUCCCCAUCACUAUCGCCUACGCGAUCACGAUCCAUAAGAGUCAAGGUCUAUCCGUUGAUACCGCCGUCUUAAACCCCGGCAAGAAGCGAGACUUCCAGCCCGAUCUUACCUAUGUCGCCAUCUCCCGUGUCCGGACGCUUCAUGGUAUAUUGUUUGAAGAGUCAUUCGAUUUCAACCGACUCAAAACAAAGACAACUACGGUCGCUGUUAUGCGUGCUGCCGAUCUCACAAAACGUGAAAGCCAAGAGAUAGAGUUGCCAAUCGCAGACGCCGACGAGCUCCCUUCACCGUUUCCUUCUAGCUUUGUCGCUGACAUUGGUCGUGCUAGUCAAAUGGCGAUCCCUGUCCUACCGUCUGAACCAGUCGCUCCUUCUGGUGAACUAGGAUCUACUGUUUUGUCUCCAUCAGGUGCCUUCUCGGGCGGUAUCAGUAGCGAUGACGUUGUGGGGGGCGACGUAGUUAGGCAUUCACACCCGCGUUCGUCUGUUAUGCUUGUAGCUGGCUUAGUCCCACGCGACCGAGAACAGUAUGAUGGUAGCAACAUGUUAACAUCUCAGACGCCUAGUACUCAAGACCAUUGGUUUUAG